CAAAAUUGCUAUCAGAGUCGAUUUCCCCAAAUCGACUUCCUUACGAGUUACUACUACUAAAUUAGUGCAGUCCUCGAUUUUACAUUUGUACCUCGUUCAUUUGACCUCAAGCCUCGAAACCGCACUAACUAACGAUUCUCGCUGGGAAAAAAAAAAAAAUAGGGAGAGAGGAAAACUUUGGAGAUGGCAGCAGCAAAAUCUUUUCUUCAAUCUCUGCGACGCUACAUCACGAGGCCAUGGGAGAUUACUGGACCCUGUGCUUCUCCAGAGUACCGGGGCGCCGUACCAAAGGCCACCGAGUAUCGGGUCCAUUGCCCCGCCACUGCACCCGUUCCGGCUAUUGUGCCCACUUCCAACCCGGAAACCGUCUACGAUAUCAAGUACUUCUCUCGCGACCAGCGCCGCAAUCGCCCUCCGAUUAAGCGCACGAUUUUGAAGAAGCCUGAUGUGGAGAAGAUGAUGAAGGAGACCACCUUCGAUGUCAAUAGCUUCCCUAGGCCUUACUUGGCCGCUACGAUUGUGGAGGAUGAUAACGCCAUCGGUGGUGGUUACCAGAAAUAGAAGACUCGUGAGCUUCAUUGAAAGGACAUUGGAUCCCAAUGACUGCAGAGAAGGAUGCUUCAAAUUGUCAUCCAAGUUUUGUACACUUGGGCCCUUACAUGUGGUUGAUUAUCUGAUGAAGAAAUAUUCUUGUAUUUUCUCUUUUCUUUCCGACUUUAUGUUCAGAUGUAUCUGAUGGAAAUAAACUGGAUUACAACCUGAAAUGUCCAGCAACUUUGUUGCUAAAAGUUUAGCUUCUCCCCUUGAUUUUUCAGAUUGUCCAGGAACCUCCUGAAGGUGUAGACGGUGUUGGCUAUAUUGUUUUGCACUUUUGGAUGAUCAUCAUAAUUAGCUCAGUGACUUUAAUUGAUUGUAAUUUGUAAAGACAAUAUUCGGAAACUUCCCCUCAGCCUGGGGUUAGCCCAUGGAGGAUGCCAAUUUCUUUUGAUUGAUAGCUCGUCGAUUCAACGUUUUGC